AUGAAUGUAAAGGGCCCAAUCAAAAUUGUACUGUUCGGCGCGCCCGGGGUGGGGAAGGGCACCUUCGCGGAAAUCCUGUCCAAGAAAGAAAAGCUAAAGCACAUAAACAUGGGGAACAUACUUAGAGAAGAAAUAAAAAAAAAAACUACCAUAGGGAAAGAAAUAGAUAAAGUAGUAAAAAGUGGAAACCUAGUGGCGGAUGACCUGAUCAUAGGAAUAGUGAAGGACGAAAUAGCCAAGGUAACAUUACAGAAGGAGAGCUACUUUAAGGGGUUCAUUUUGGAUGGCUUCCCACGUAACUUAUUUCAGUGUAAAGAGCUAGCCAAAAUUACAAGCAUUGAUCUGUUCAUAAAUAUACACAUGCCUAGGCAUAUCCUCAUUAAAAAAAUUAUGGGGAGGAGAAUUUGCAAUGAAUGCAACAGAAAUUUUAACGUUGUUCAUAUUCAAGAGGACUCCUAUGAAAUGCUUCCUAUUUUGCCGCCCCAGGAUUGUGAGAUUUGUAAGGGUAACCCUACGCUACAGACGAGGAGUGACGACAGUGAGGAAAUUGUUGCCCACCGGUUGAAGACGUACGAGUUAACCAACUCCCCUCUCAUUAAUUUUUUUAAAAAUUCGAAUUGUAACUUCGUCGACUUUGAGAUAAAGCGGGGGCUGCAGGACUUCGACAGUUUUUACCGCAUGGUUGGGCAGCACCUUUAG